UGUAUUAUCCCUGUGCAGAUAAUGGGAUGCAGCAGUACACUGAGAGGAUCCAGAGUGAGGAGACAGGCACGGAAAUAAGAAUAAAGCUGUGUGGCCAUAGCCAAAUAUAGAAAAGAUACACAAAAAUAUAGAUGCACAUUCAGAAAACUGAAAAAUACACAAAGAUAUGUUCAAUAAUUAUGUCACAGAGAAUCAUUACAUUACAAGAGCAGAAAAAAAAAGAAAAUAAAUUAAGACGGUCGUUUAGCGCCACCCAGUGGUGAAACACAUUCGUUGCAGUUCCGACGCACUUCCGGUCCUUCAGUCAACAAGGAAGUGGAACCGAUGGAUGAGAAGCGACAUCAACCAACCGUCUCCUCUGUCUGAACGGGCACGUAUCGUAGUUCUGGGGCAGGAAGGUGAUCUUUUGUCUCUCGUCAUGGCGAUGUCGACAUUCCAGAAGGUGACCCUCGCGACGUGCCUCGUGCUGUGCGUCGGUCUGCUGCUUCCUAAGAUGCUGCUGUCCCGCGGGAGGAAGGAUGCUGCCGAGCGGCCGGAGGGUCCAGGUCGCCUCCCUCCGAUGAUGCACCGUCAGGCUGCCCCGGAGGGUCGAGGUCAGAGGGCUGCGGCCGCCGGCUUCUCCAGAGCCCACAACACCGAGGCCAUAGCCCGGGCCAAGGGGGCAGGAACCGGGGCAGGAACCGGGGGCAAGUCCAACCUGGCAGGACAGAUCAUCCCGGUGUAUGGCUUCGGGAUCUUACUCUACAUUCUGUACAUAUUGUUCAAGAUCACAUCUAAAGGGAACAGCAAACCAUCAGAGAGCAGGUUCCCUUCAGUUCGGUCUGAGAACAUGAAGAGAAAGAUCACUGACUUUGAGUUGGCCCAGCUGCAGGAGAAACUGAGGGAGACGGAGCUGGUGAUGGAGAACAUCGUUUCCAACGCCCACCACAGUCCUGAGAGGCUGAAGGGUGUGUCGGCGGAUCAGGAGGAGAGUCUCCUGCAGCAGCUGACGGAGAUCACUCGGGUGAUGCAGGAGGGCCAGCUGGUCGACGACGUAACUCCAGAGAAGAAGGACCAGGACGACUGGGAAGAUUAUCCGGAGGAGCCUCAGCAGCCCUGGGAACAUUCCCGCUGCUGCUGUCAGCACAGUCAGCAGCACCACAGUCCCCAGGCGGAGCCAGAGGCCGAGAGGACCCAAGCUGAUGGAGCCGACGUGGAAAACAUACAUGAGGACAUCACAGGUGGAGGAGAGGCCGAGGAAACAGAGGCUGUGAAAGAAUCUAAUUUUACAGCAGUAAGUGAAGCAGACGUGGGUCCAGACAGUGUUAUAGGUUUAAAUGAGAGCCUGCGCGAACACAAGGACGGAGGAGGUAAAAUCGAUCUGGGCGUCCCGGAGGAGGACCUGGCCGGAGUCCUGGAGGAGCUGGAGCUCUCGCUGAAGAUGACAUCCAUGAUGGAGCAGGAGAAGAUGGAGCACCUCAGCAGGUCGACGGAGACAGAAACUUCCUGCAGCACGGUCAGACGGAGGAACAAGAGGAGGAGAGCAAAGAAAGCCUCACACUGAACUCCAACUGCAGAUAAACUCGAGCCUGGGCCUCGUGAGGACGGCUGCUUGGUGAAUCAGCUCUCAUCAGAGGAGCAUGAUUGUUGGUGAACACCUGAAAACUGUUGCCAGCUUUGUUUAUCUUUGCUUGAAGUUAGAAAGUGAAAACAUGUUCUAACCUAAAAUGGAGUAAGUAUAGGUUAAAGUCUUUUUAAAGACAAAACAGGGGCCUCAUUUGUGAAACGCUAAUAAUCUAAUAAUGCCCGAUGACCUAUUUAUUAUUUUAUUAAACCAACAUGGAGAUGCUUCCAGGACUCUAAUGUCAAGAUUUGAUGUGAAAAUUUGCUCUGAAGGUAUUCGCACUGUUUGUGAACAAACCCAUUUCUCCAAUUUUUUUUCCUAGUUAUAAAAAGACUUAAACUAAAGGUGUUUUGUUUUUUUUUUUACUUUUUUCUAAAUGGCAAACAAACAUGACUGAGUCAGAUUCAAAAUGUGUUCCACUAAACAACAUAUAUAAUGUUUUGAAAUGACUUAUUGUAGCUCAGAACAGGACAAAUUUAGAAGAUGUGAUGUGGGCAGAACUUAUGCUGCUGCGGGACACUGGAUCCGAAUUGAAAAUAGGUUUUUAUCGCUUUUUUUUUUUUACAUUUAUUGGGGUGUUUGUGCCUUCUCUCACCUUUUAUCAAAACAUUUGUUGAACUCCGAAACCUGUAUUGAAAUUAUAGACAUUUUAAAUUUUGUGUUCAAAUACGAUUUCCCUGUAACACCCUUAAAGUUGCACCAUGUAGUUUUGGGGGAGAAACUUUGAGACAUCAGUCAUAGACAAACUGUCCUCAGAGGACAACACAGUUUCAUCCGGUUUUACAUCAUUUAUAUUUGCACGACCUUAAAUAGCCA